CUAAUGUUUCACAUGCCUUGGUAUUUUUCUGGAACAUUUAUGAAUUUAUAAUCCUCAUACCCCAUGCUCAAUAAAUAGUGUGUUUCUAAUCUUUCUUUUAAUCUUUUAAAUGCAAUUUUAAUUGAAUUUCGAGGCGGAUGGAUAUUGGCGACAUUAAAUUAAGAAGUGGGGGAAACAGAGAAAUCGAUCUAUUAAGGCAUUCUUUCCUCAUGUCACUAAGAAGCAGGUCAUAUUAUUAUUUACCGUUUAAUAUUGGUUGAAGAUGGGGAAAUAAGGGGCAUCAGCCGCCGCGCACCUUGUGUGCAAAAUAAAAGUUAUAAAAAUGGGAGCCAAAAUGGCGUUUUUUUAUGCAUUAAGCAGUAGUGAGUCAACGAAAGUGGGAGAUGUCAACACAGAUAGGAUUAUGGAAGCAGGAGCCAGUCUCUCCAGAUUGGUUUGAGAUAGAUGAUUGGGCAAACUAUGGUGAUACUACACUUCUUGAAGAGAUAGAUUUAAUUAUUAAAGAUGAACCACAGUUUCAUGGGUGGCCAGAGAAUAAUAGUGGUGGCUUUGACAACUACAACACAUCUAGUAGUGGCUGGAUAGAGGAAGCUAAAACCUCUCAGCUGCUUCAAGAGUUCGAAGAUGUUUUGAGCCGCCAACUGACACCACCUGAUAGCCCCCAGAUAUCACCUCCACAUCAGCCUCCAGUUUAUUAUCCACCCUCCAUUCUUCACCUCCAACCAACACCUCUGCAGGAGCAGCCUUCACCGCAGCCGUCUCCAUCCCAUCAUCAUGCUUAUCAGGCUGUCAACAGUAAUGAAACUGUUGGUGAUUUAGAUGAAAUUGUUGCUGAAAAUUUUUGUAAUGGUGACUGUACUUCGUCUUCGGACUCGGGCUAUGAAGAUCCUGAUUGGGCUCCUAUUUCUUCAAAAUCGAGGACUCGCCCAUAUCCUUCAGUUGAGGAAAGGAAAGCUCGUAAAAAGGAACAGAACAAAAAUGCAGCAACUCGCUAUAGACAGAAGAAAAAACAAGAAAUAGAGGUUAUCUUGUCAGAGGAGAGAGAACUCCAAGAGAAAAACGAGUCUCUGAAAGCUGAGGUGGAGGAAGUCCAACGGGAGAUAAAAUAUCUUAAGUCAUUAAUGAGGCAUAUGUUCAAGGCUAAGGGACUCAUUUCAUAAUUAGGCAUAGUUCAAUACCUUUAGAAAGUUCAAUUUAACAUGUUUUUAAUUUUUUCAGUCAUGGAAAUUUUAUGAAUUUCCUUUUAAAUUAUUACUUCUUCAUGAAAAAAUUAUUAAAUUUCAUAACAUUCAGAUUCCUGAAUUGUUAAUUUAGUUUUGUUAAAACAUACUUCUUCAAAUUUACCUCACUUAAUUUAUUUUCUUCUGUGAAGAUUUGCCAUCAAUUUUAUUUUUCUUGUUUAUUACUAAAGAUGUAAAGUAAACAAAUCCCAUUUUGUUUUGUUUUUAUUUGCUUUUCGGUACUGUACUUCAUAGUUAAAGUGGGUCUGUGCGAUGUGUAAUAGUUUUUAUAAAGC